GCAGCCCAUUCGGGCAAUAGAUCUUGCGGGCUUCUCUGUCAACCAUUCUCUUUCUCGUACCACCAGGUCUGCGAUGUUCUUCGUCGAGCUUACUAUUCGCUAUGCCUCAAAUAAAUUUGCAUCCAUGUCGCCACUAGACCCCAAGGUGUUCGCACGUAGACUACGACGCGAUCUGGAUUUCUUGAAGCUUCCACAUCCACCAGAGGCAAAUUUGGAAAUCUUGCCCCGUGAAUGCUGCAAGUUUUUCUGGGAGACAAGAAGUAAUUCGCUCCUUCAUUCUCUGGUCAAACAGUUCGUUUUGAACCAGGAUAAGACUGAAUGCUCGGACCUUAAACGGCUUUGUAAAGUUGAAUCGAUAUCUAUGAGAACAGGGUUCAAUCAUAAGAAACCAUCGGAAUUGAAUAGGACGGAGUCGAGCCGGAGCAGAAGAUCUCCGACUCGUCGUAUGUCUCGCAACAACUCGUACGAUACAGACUCCCACCCCCGACCUCGCCCUCGCUCCCGCUCCCCACUUGCGCCUCGUUCUCCACGACGAUACCGAUCUCUGUCCACGGAUGUUCAUGAAGAAAGGUCAAGGGACUCGAGAUAUCGUGAUCGCCAACCUACGCCAGCAAAACCUGCUGAUUCUAUGAGGUGCUCUUUCAACUCUUCAGAAGACUUGAAUUCACGACAAGCUGCAUUCUUUCAGCCUAAAAAGCACGGUCUGGAGAGGCUUUCAGCUCGCAGAUCAAUUGAGGACAUCGAGAGUUUACAAGCUUCCCUGAUGGCAAUUGAAAAAACACUUGAAGGCUCUGUUACAGCUACACCGGCACCAUCAAGGCCUACGCCAGAGCAACGACUUUUGCCGCUACCCUUGUCGUCCCCUUCGCAUCUGUCACUAUCCGUUCGUUUGCCACCCUUACCGUCACUUCCCAUCGUACCUCGCCCGCCUUCGGCCUCACCUCCGCCGUUGCCCUCUUCACCACAGUUGCCACCUGUUGUCUUAGCUCCUUCUUCUCACAUACACCCGGCAUCUACCUCAUACGAUACCCCGACUCAUAUAGUGAGCGAGCCGUCUGGCUUGGAGGCAUGUCCAAAAGUACAACAUACUCAAGAAGAGAAAGAAACUAUCUCGAAACUGACUCGUCAACUCUGGGAUACAAGGAGAAACUUGAUGGCUCUAUCCGCCCGCGGAUUGGUGAUUGAGGACCGGUUGAGAGAAAUCAAGGCGCAAGAGGAUAGGAAUAGCAAUGACACCGGAGAAUCCACCCGCGCUUGUGAAGACCUGGACAUUGGCAAGAAGGUUGGUUAUUGGGAACUCCAGGACAAGAUGAAGGUUUUGGAAGGUCUUCUUUGCGAAGAGAUUCGUUCUCGCGUCAAAGCUGAGGUCUUAUUAGGAGACGUAUUGAGGGAGUGCGAGAAGCCCACGAUAGUUCCGCAGAUGUAUGAAAUGUUUAUGCUUGGUUCGGAAUGAAAAUCAUUUAUUCCCCGAUUAACGAU